AUGGAAGCACUUUUGGCUGUGGAAGAAACGGGGAACGACCUAUGGAAGGAGCUUAAGGAACUAUACUGGGCACAAUACGUCCAGAACAGCGUGGACAAGGUGCAAUUCGAGAGAUAUGUCCGGAAGGUGAAGUCUGCUGAUGAUUACUGGCUGGUGCGGGCUCUGCUGGCGUUCUCAGAUAGUAGGAAGGCGUGUACGUUCAACUCUAGGUUCGAAUGGCUCACGAUGCAGGCGCACGGUCGGCAGUAUCCGCCGCUCGCUUCGAAGGACGCGGGCAAGUUGAUCUGGAACGCACGGAGGGAGUUCAGGUAUGCGGAGCCGCAGCAGGCAGCGUACAAGCAGCUUGCGCGGCCGCGGGGAGACGCAGUGGCAGAUAUUCAGCAGCAUCCGGACCUGGGCAACUGCUCAAUGGUGUGCGCGCUGAUAAAUGUGAAACGUACGUGUGGAACAGCGGACAUGGUCGCAGAUUGCGGUGAUGUGGCCCAGGUGAACCUGUUCUUCAACGGCGCUCGCAGGCUUGUCACGCUGCACAGGGCAGAGGUACGCCAGAACAUGCGCCGUGAGCAGCUGGCAGUGCUGAGCCCCGAUAUGCAUGACAAGCUGAUAGAGCAGGCGUACUUUGAGGUUGCACACGGGAUGAACUACGAGUCUAUGGGUUCCAACACCGCCAUGGACACAUAUAUGCUAUGUGGCUGGUUCCCGCUUGUGGUGGAGACCUCUGAGGUAGACUUUCCGUUUGUACAGAGGUAUCUCGCACGUGGUGCGAUGCUGGCGCUCGGGACUCAUGCGACGCGCACUAUAGACUCCUUCUGUCUUCGGAAGAACCACGACUACGCGGUCCUUGACGUCUGCGGCACGGUUUUUCGCAUCCGAGAUCCUCUGGUUGCUGGGAACGUUAUCGAGCUAGCUUGGGAAGACGUCCGGACUGCGUUUCACCUUCUCUACAUUAACUGGGACGCUCAUACUCAGUGCCAACUGUACGAAAAGUUUCACUUCCGUUAUAAUAGCGCUGUGCACAAUCGCUUCAUGUCGUGGCUGAACAAGCCGACAUACAGGGUUGUCAACGAUACCGAGUCCGAGUUGCCGGUAUAUGCGCUGUUUGAGCGUCACCUCUCCAACCGGAAGUACGACAAUUCCAUAGUAGGUGUGAUCUCGGGGGAAAACCUCGUUUCUGACACUGAGGAAGGUAACAACAUAGGUAUGCAGUGGGUGGAACUCACGGUUCCUCCGCACUCGAGCAGGAUUCUCUUCUACCACAGCAACACCAACACCAAUUGUACCUUGCACCUCUUCUCAAACUCUCCUAGACUCAAAGUCGCCAAGUGGAGCAGCGCGGAGUCGUCGCGCCUUGCAGUGCUGGACGGCUGCUGGCAGCCUAUUUCAAAAAACCUCACGUUUACCCACUGGCCCGCAUUCAAGUUCGAGAUCAAGCACCCGGAGACAGACGGCGUCCAUGUCUCGUUACAGUUUUGCUGGGCCAAUGAGCAUUCGGCGGCUCUGUUCAUCUACCAUGCUUCCGACUACCGCUACGAGAAACCUCUCUUGCAUCGUCCUGGCCCACUACCUUUCCCACAGGCCUUCUUCGAACUAGCCCUCGACACCAAUACGCCGUACGUGGUUUUAUGUCAGUCAAUGGACGUCGGCGCGGAUGCAGCCUUUCAGCUGGCCAUCCAAACCGAAAAGCAAGGCUCCGUCAUAUCUACUGUCCCUACCUCGCGUGCUUAUGGCGGCUUGCGCUUCCACACCUCGAAGCUUGUCUCUACAGCGGCCAAGCGCAUUGAGCUUCCAUUCAAAGUCUCGCGCUCUACAGAUCUGCAUAUUACGCUCUACUCCAAAUCUAGUCCCCUGGUCCUGAAAUGCGCAGUCUUCAGUGACGGGUCGGACGAGGCCAUCACUGCGACGCCAGGUUUUGUCCCAAUUAAUGACUACCCAUAUGUUCUCCCUAUCACUUUCGCAAAGGAAAGGUCUCUAGUGCUGCUUAUAGAACUCCAGGACACUGUUCCUGACUCCACAGUUACAAUUGAGAUAGGUUCAAACUGCGCCUUCAACUUCUGCGGCCAUGACGUUGAUCUAGCUCGGGUGUAA